AGAGACAGCUGAAUGUAAAAUGAUUGUAUUUUGUAUUUUGAUGAGCGUGCUGUCCAGCGAGUGAAUGGGUGAAGGGUGGGCAGAAUGUGGGUGAGAUGAUGACUUAAGGCUGACGCUGUGUUUGAGUUGUGUGUGUGUGUGUGUGUGUGUAUGGUUUCGGAGCUAGAGGAAAGAAGCUGAUCAGCACAGUGUGUUGACGUAGGUAUCCAUGGAUACUGGAGUAGGUGUCGCACCAGCAAGGUUGUGUCCUGUCACCUUGCCUGUUUCAGACACACACACCAUGAAAGAUUUAUACAGCGCAGUCUUAAGUCAGGACACGUCUCGCUAGCCGCUCGCUUUCAGAGUUGAGCGAGCCGCAGCUCGAGGAGCAGCAUGUUGUACUCGCUGCAGACGAGCGAGAGACCCUCCAGCUCGGCCAGCUUCACCUCCACCGCCAAUGCUAGUUCCUUGGAUGAUGACAGCAGUAGCCUUAGACAGCAAAAGCUGGAGAAGCAGAGGGCGCUGUUGGAGCAGAAGCAGCGACGGAAGAGACAGGAACCGCUGAUGGUGCAGCCAAAUCCAGAGGCACGCCCACGACGCUCAAGGCCACGACGCAGUGAGGAGCAAGCGCCGCUUGUAGAGUCCCGCCUGAGCAUCACCAGUGAUGUCAUCCUUGAUGCAGGUAUAGAUGGACCGGCUGCAUUCCUGAGCUCAGAGGCUCCUGAUCUGGGUACUAAGAUCCAGGUGCUGUCAGCCAGCCAGCCGCAGAAGCCGUCUCCCCCUGCAGCAGAGGAACCUGAGAGAGAUGGAGACACGGACACGUUACUGGAGCCCAAAACAGACAUUCACACACUGCUGCAGAGACGUGGACUCUCAGGCAGUAUGAACUAUGAUGAAGUCAGUGACGAUGAAGAUGAUGAUGAAACAGAAGACAGGGCUGGUUCUUUGUCUCCUAAUACAGAGUCCACACGUCCAGCGUCUGCCUCCAGUACCAAGUCCAGCACGGAAUGUGUGACAGUGGGAUCACCCAUGGCAGAGGGCCCCUCUGUCGAGGUGGAGAACCUGGAGGAGUUUGUAGUGCGGCCGGCACCACGAGGCGCUACGAUAAAGUGUCGCAUCACGCGGGAUAAGAAAGGAAUGGACCGUGGUCUUUACCCAACGUACUUCAUGCACCUAGAGAGAGAGGACGGCAAGAAGCUGUUCCUGUUAGCUGGGAGGAAGAGAAAAAAGAGCAAGACCUCAAAUUACCUGAUCUCAGUGGAUGCCACAGACCUCUCUCGUGAGGGUGAGAGCUUUGUAGGAAAACUGAGGUCAAACAUGAUGGGCACUAAGUUUACAGUGUAUGAUAACGGAACAAAUCCCACAAAAAAUCCUGGAACUCUGCUUGAAGAGAGCAACACGCGGCAGGAGCUCGCUGCUAUCUGUUACGAGACCAAUGUUUUGGGGUUUAAAGGGCCGCGCAAAAUGACUGUCAUCAUUCCUGGGAUGAAUAUGAACUUUGAGCGUGUUCCAGUGCGGCCCACUAAUGAUCAGGAGUCUUUAUUAAGUAAAUGGCAGAAUCGUGCUUUGGACAAUCUGAUUGAGUUACAUAAUAAAGCUCCGGUGUGGAACGACGACACUCAGUCCUACGUCCUCAACUUUCAUGGGAGGGUGACGCAGGCAUCGGUCAAAAACUUCCAGAUUGUCCACGACAAUGAUCCGGACUACAUUGUGAUGCAGUUUGGUCGUGUGGCUGAGGACGUGUUCACGCUGGACUACAACUACCCCAUGUGCGCUCUGCAGGCCUUCGCUAUCGGCUUGUCCAGCUUCGACAGCAAACUGGCCUGCGAGUGACUCCAACCACCACCCCUCUUAAAUUCUAGCACCUACAAACACUCCUCUAUUCAGACUGUCCCGACAGGAAACUUCCUUCCUAUAUUUGGGCCUGAAGAGAUCACCCCUCUCUGCCCUGCUCCUUCCUAUCUAAUCAUGACAUUCUCCUGCUUCACCCUUUACAUCAAGAAAAUCCAAACCAGCACAAAAGACUGAGACCAUCUACUAAAACCAUAAAGAAGAUACAGGAAGUUUAUUCUGUAAAGAUUUAUUUCUUGUUACAAAAAUAAAGAGAAAGGGGCAUAUCUUAUAAGGGAAUUCCAUCACAUCAUCUUUUAUCUAUUUGCUAUUUCUGUUUUGUUGACUUACUUUUGUGUAGUGACCUUGGUUUCUUUCCAUCGCGUUGAAACUUACGCUAUGACUGAGCAUUUGUAAAGAGGAAGUGACCUUUCUAUUGAUCAUUUCAGUUGGACAAUGAGGGACAAGGAGCUUAAAUAUACUAACAGACAAAGGGACACGUACAAUGGUAUUCAUGCUUUGUUUUUAUUACAUUUUGAUUGGUGUUGUAUAUUUGUUGAGUUACAUUUGUUUUUAAAUGUACUUUUCUAUAGCUGUUUUUUUGUCUUGAUGGAUAUUUUUACAGUGUCAGGUUUUGUGUUGUCGUUUUUAAAACAUGUAGCAGUGCUGAAACCUUUUCCUUCCUCUGCAAACUUAAAGAUGACUGACAGCUAUUUCAUUUUUAUUUACCACAUGUUGAGGAGAGUGAAGCUGGUAGUGAAGCUUCACGUCCUUUAACAUGACCCCGAAAGACCACCACCACUACAUUCAAAAGAGCUAAAUGACUGUUGCUGUUUCUUCCAUUGGCCUUCCAUUCCAUAGCCUGCUAGUUUUGUUUUUAUUACUUGUGAUAUUCUAAUUAUUUAUUUACUUUCCUCAAAUAAGUGAAAUUGUGAAAUGAUGACCCGUUAUAUUGCCGAGUGAAAUUUGUGAUUUAUCCUGUAAAUGUUUGUGUGUGGCCUUGCUAUUUUUUUUAUUGGUAAAACACAGUGCAAUGAUGCUUCCCUUGUGAAAUGGAAACACAAAACAUAUUUUGGUAAUAAUGGCUAGUGAGUCUUAAAAAUUGCCUUAAUAUGUUACAGUUGUUUGAAGAGAGCCUGGAUGCGGUAUCGGUGACACGCGAGUCGACGUCAUUGGGAACUAAAGCACAUUUCUCCCUGUUCGUUAAGUGAACACUCUCCUGUAAUCCUGACUUGCGUGUGAAUUCUGCAUCAUGUACUGUAUGUGAUUAACAAGCCAAUAGUUUACUGGAAAUAAAAGGAAAGCCUAUUUUUUCCACUGAAAGUUCA